AUGUCACAACAACAAUCUUGUAUAACACAAAUAUCAAGAAAUUAUUGUAGUUGUGCAACAUGUACACAAAUUCGUAAUGAACAACCUCGUAUUUAUCGUUAUUUAAAUUAUUUACGUACAAUAAUAACAUGUAGCUGCUGUUGUCCACCAAAUAUCGAUACUCAUGUUUAUCUUAAUAGUGAUAGUCAACGUUCAAUACGUUUUCGAGAUUCGGAUGUUGAUCAUAAACAUUGUUCUCGUCAUGAAGUCAUGGUUAAACCAAUGAAAAUAAAAUUUUCAAAAUCAAAAUUACAAGAAAUAAAAUUACGUGUUAAAGAAGCAAAUAGUCGAUGGAAACGUAUGUCAUUAAUACCACCAAAUAUAAUUGAAUUAAUAAUUCAAAAUAUAGCUUUUCUUCCAUUAUGUAAUAAAUGUCGUACACAUAUAACUACAACGUCUAUUAAUCUAUGUGAAACAUGUAUAAAAAAUAUUACAGACUAUCGAUACGAAUUGGAAUUAAUGAAAAAUUCUUCAACAUCUACAAUGUCAGAAGAGAUUGAACAUAGUCCACUAACAUCUUUAUCAACAUCCGUUAUAGCAUCAGAAAGUCGAAUACCAUUCAAAAAACGAAACGAUAUAACUAUACAAAUAGCACCGAGUAAACCAGUACAAAUUCAAGAAUUAUUACAAAUUAUUGAUUGGAUAGAAAAUCCUGUUGUUAUCGAUUCAUCGUCUUUAAUUCAAUUAAAACCAUUAGAACAACAGUUAACUUAA